AUGGCGAUAAUCAACCGACACUCGAACUCGUCCUCGGACGGCGCGAACGUGGAAUAUGGCAAGACGGAGUAUCAGGCUGGUGUCACAGCGGAACCAAUCGUGGGCGCCGAUGGAGUCGUUCAAUACAACGACCAUGCGCACUUACAACGUGGACUUAAAUCGCGUCAUAUUACUAUGAUUGCAAUUGGUGGUGCCAUUGGAACUGGUUUGAUUAUCGGUACAGGAAAGGCGCUUGCACAAUCUGGACCCGCUUCGAUUCUCAUCUCUUACACUUUCGUUGGUUUCCUCGUCUGGAUCGUCAUGAGUGGGCUUGGAGAAAUGGCAGCAUGGCUUCCGCACGCAUCUGGUUUCUCUGGCUACGCAUCCCGUUUCGUCGACCCCGCUCUCGGAUUUGCUCUCGGGUGGACCUAUUGGUGCAAAUAUAUCAUCACCACGCCGAACCAGCUGACCGCGACUGCUUUGAUCAUUCAAUACUGGUGUCCACCGGACAAAGUGAACCCGGGAGUGUUCAUCGCCGUGUUCCUGGUUGUCAUCAUAGCCAUCAAUUACUUCGGUAUUCGGUUUUUUGGAGAGCUUGAAUUCUGGCUCAGUUCCGUUAAGGUUGUGGUCAUCAUUGGCGUCAUCUUCCUGUCCUUCCUCCUCGCCGUUGGAGCUGGUCCAGGCCCCGCGACAGGAUUCAAGUACUGGAAGAAUCCCGGAGCAUUUGCGCCGUACAUCCAGAAGGGCGAUGCAUCGGCAGGCAAAUUCUACGGCUUCUGGAGCUCUUUCGUCAACGCCGUAUUUGCCUAUCUGGGCACGGAACUGAUCGGUGUCACUGUGGGAGAGGCUCAGAACCCCCGCAAGACCAUUCCUCGGGCCAUCAAGCUCACGUUCUACCGGAUCUUGUUCUUCUACGUUCUGAGCGUAUUCUUCUUGGGCAUGCUCAUCGCGUACAACGACCCAGCUCUUAUCAAAGCCAAUUCAGCGACAACCAGCGCGAAGGCCUCGCCAUUCGUCAUUGCCAUUGGAAAUGCCAACAUCCCGCAUCUCGCGGGCAUCGUUAACGGCUGCAUCCUGCUCUUCACGUUCAGUGCCUCCAACUCGGACUUGUAUAUUGCAUCCCGUACCCUCUUUGGUCUUGCGGACCGUGGCCAUGCGCCUAAGAUCUUCAAGUGGACCGACAAGCGUGGAGUGCCUGUUCCCGCCCUUGGUGUCUCAGCGCUUUUCUGCUGCAGCGCUUUCAUGAACGCUGCAAAGGAUUCCACAGAAGUCUUCAGCUACUUCGUCAACUUGGUGUCCAUCUUUGGUCUGUGCGCCUGGAUUUCACUCUUGGUCACGCAUAUCUUCUUCGUCAAGGCCCGCAGAGCCCAAGGCAUUACAAACGAGAUGAUGCCUUUCGUUGCGCCGUUGGGUCUUUGGGGCUCUUACUUCGCACUAUUCUUCUGCGUUUUGAUCGCCCUGACGAAGAACUUCAAUGUCUUCACUCGCAGCCCCAAAUAUGGAGACUUCGACUACAAGAACUUCAUUACCGGAUAUCUCGCCAUCCCGGUAUACCUUAUUUGCAUUUUCGGGUACAAGUUUUUAAUGAAAUCGAAGCGAGUCCGGCCACACGAAGCGGACUUCUACACUGGCAAAGACGAGAUCGACCGCGAGGAAGAGGCCUUCUUGGCCGCAAAGGCUGCGCAACCUGCCAAGAAGCAGAAUUGGUUCUACCGCACCUUUGUCUCUUGGUUGUUCUAA